AUGAAUACUAAAGAAAUCUUUGAUAUCUAUGAUAGUGAACAUUCUCUCUUUUCUGAUAAUAGUAUAAAGGAAUUUGAGUACGUAGAGUUUCCUCCUAUUAAUACUACUAAUCUUAAUACAACAGGGAAUAAAGAAAUUGUAAUUCAGCAACAAGAUUUAAUCACUUUUCCUUCUGAUGCUUAUCUCUAUUUUGAAGGAGAACUAACAAAGUCUGAUGGAACAGAUAUUGCUGCAGCAGAUUAUGAAAAAGUUAGUUUGAUUAAUAAUUCUAUGAUGUAUCUCUUUGAAAGAAUGACUUAUCUUAUUAAUGGGAAUGUAGUAGAAGAUAUAGACAGACCAGGACAAACUACUUCUAUGUUAGGGAUGUUUAAAUAUUCUAUUCCACAAAGUUCUUCUAAUGGAUUAAGUAUGUCAUGGCUUCCUGAUAUUGAUUAUAAUGCAAAUGAAUCAAAUAAUUCUAUGGUAUUAAGAUCUAGAUUUAAGAAAUUUAGUUUUAAUGUUCCUCUGGAUCAUAUCUUUGGGUUUAUGGAAGAUUAUAAAAAAGUUUUGUAUGGAGUACAACAAACAUUUAGAUUAAAAAGAUUAGUAAAUCAUGAAUCUCUUCAAGUGAUGAAAGGAGAAAAUAAAACAGAUUUUAAAUUAUCUCUUUCUAAGAUGUCUUUAUUUAUCCCAGUUAUUAAACCUUCACUAGAAACAGAAAUUAAACUCUAUGAUCAGAUUGAUAAAAAGAAGAUAUUAAAGAUUCUAUUCAGAGGUAGAAACACACAAACUUUUAUUCCUGCUGCUAAUUCUACUAAUCUAAGUUGGAAUCUACAAAAUACUACAGGAACACCUAGAUAUAUUGUAAUUGGGAUGCAAAAGAAUAAUCUAUUUAGUAAAUCUAACUUUUCUAAUCUAGAACUAAAAAAGAUACUUGUAGAGAUUAAUACAAGAAGAUAUCCUAAUCAUGAUAUAGAAAUUGAUUAUCCUGAAGAAAAAUACUCUAGAAUCUUUAAACAAUCUUAUGAUUUCAAAAAGAAUUUUUAUGAUACUGAUGAACCACCUUCUUUCUCUUAUAUCACCUUUAAAUCCCUUUAUCCUAUCUAUGUAAUAGAUAUUUCUAAAUAUGAUGAUAGAACUAGAGUUAGUAAUAUGGAUAUCCAAAUUAAAGCAACUUUUAAUUCAGCCCCAGGAACAGGUGUAGAAGUUUUUGCAACACUUUUAUCUGAUAUCGAACUUAGUCUUCAUUCAUCAGAUAGAAGAUUUAAUCUAAUUAGUUAG